ACUUAAAAUACGUAUGGAUCUUUUACAUUUGUAUAAUGACGUUAAAGAUGCAACUCAAGUUGUUCUCGGUAGCUUGGCGAAUUUAAAAGGUGUUUCAGUGACUGAACUGCACAGGCACUAUGGUUUAAUUUUUGAAGACGAUGACUGAAAUUGUUUAUAACUUGGCAGUGAUCGUGUGUGUAAGUUUUGUGAAGCAAAUUUAUUCUUAUGUGCAGGGUAAAACGAAAAAGACGCGAAAAAUUGUUCAGCAGAGAUUUGCACAAAUGAAGAAAAUGAUAAGUUUAAGCGACUCAAGAAUAAAGGAAAAAGAUCGUUUGCCGUCUAGGAAAAAAAAACCUGAAGAUCCACAUCAGAUAAAAGUCCGCGAAGUCCCUCAGGUAUCGUCGGCUUUGUUCUUCCAGUACAACACACAGUUGGGACCACCCUAUCAUAUUCUUGUUGACACCAAUUUUAUAAAUCAUUCAAUCAAAUUCAAACUGGACAUAAUCCAGAGUAUGAUGGACUGCUUGUAUGCAAAAUGCAUCCCGUAUGUAACUGAUUGUGUUGUCGGUGAGUUGGAAAAACUUGGCCAGAAGUACAGAAUUGCAUUGAGAAUAAUCAAAGACCCACGAUUUGAACGUAUACAUUGUAUGCACAAGGGUACAUAUGCUGAUGACUGCAUAGUGCAGAGAGUGACACAGCAUAAAUGUUACAUAGUGGCAACGUGUGAUCGGGACCUGAAAAAGAGGAUACGAAAGAUUCCUGGCGUUCCCAUUAUGUAUGUCGCCCAGCACAGGUUUACCAUUGAGAGGAUGCCAGAUGCAUAUGGUGCGCCAAAGAGUUAAUAUAGGAACUACGUUUGUGCCUAUGUUAAUCACUGUGUAAUGUAUAUGUUGUACUCGUGAAAGAGACUUUGUUGGAAUGAUGGGAGCCUUUCUUCUGUGUUUUAAUCUAUGCCAUUAUAUGUUCUGGAGUAUAUUUUUGAAAAGUCCAUUUGUGUUCCAAUAGUUUGUGAUAUAAUUGUAACGUGAGCUUAUCAUUUCCCUCAGUAAGAAAAUGUUUUCCAUGUAAAUGUCAGAUUCAAAUUAAUUUAGUAUUCCGUGUUGUGUAUUUUGUGUCAAUUUCACAACACUUGUAUGCUUUUUCUGAUUACUAAGUUAUAAAAAGAAAAGAUCACUAGUGAAAUAAAUAUUCACCAUUUGUAA